UCAGGACUUCAGUGGUGAAAUGUUCAUAGCGGAAAUGAGUAAACUGAAAGACUAGAGCUCAUUGAACAUGUCUGCUGUCGACAGAACAGGAGCUCCAGAGCCUCACUGGGAAAACAGACCCUCCAGAAAUCAGGAUUUCCAGCGUCCUUUGAGACUUCUGGCUCGGCCCAGGCAUCCCGUCAGCACGAGCACCUGGCCGCCUGACGGCUCCCAUUCUGCACAGCACGCGCACAGGAGACCCAAUUAUGUGUCUUUUGUCAGCAAGGCCAUCUUGUGGGAUAGAGGACUCUGCCACCACACCGCCCAUGCUCGUCCUCUUUAUCGUCCCUUACUAUGUCCACGCUUCUUGUCUCACAUGAAAGCUCGCCCUGAAGACCUCAGACCUCCUUGUUUCCUGAGCACCAAGUCCAGAAGGCAGCCUCCAUCUCAGGGGAAGACGCUGAAUACACACAUCCUUCCUGCCCCAAAGACACAGACACUUGCAGGAUACUUCCAUCUCAGUCCAGACAGAAGAAGAAAUGGGGUGCGGAGUGAGGGCUCGAUCGCAGGAAGGCGCUCUGCUGUUGUUGUUCCCCGUCUUCCACUCCCCGCCACCCCACCGCCAUCAACCAUUAAUCCAACACCUCCCUCCCAAAACACCCUACACCUCGACUCUGGAAGAAAAGAAGGCAAACCGAACACCGUGCCAGCAUCUCCAUCCUACUCUCGUCUUGCUCCAGAGGAGAAAGAUGAAUCUCAGGAAAGGGAGAAAGUGCCGCAAGCUGCUGUGGUGUCCAUCGCGGAGCCGGACUGGGAGCUGCGGCUCGGGCCUGCCGGGUCAGAGCGCUCGGCGGGACCGACCUCCCUCUCACAGGGAUCUCUCUCAGAUUUAAGUCGUCCACCUUCCAGUUUAUUCAGCCGGAGCACUAACCUCACCAGUGGCAGGAGCAGUGUCCUGUCUGGUAAAACCUCUGGUAAAACUUCUGCACAGAUGUCGGGGACUCGGAUCCAGGGGGCAGCGGCUGUUUCUCCCCGCCCCAGCCUUCCCCGGUGA